AUGUCAAAAGAGCAGAACGUCUCUGAGUCGGGUAGAGAGGGCAAUUCCCAGCCAGAAAUACCCUCUGCUCCUUCAGGGGAGCAGUCAGUGGGUCCCGGGCUUUCCACCUCAUGUCUCACCAUAGAAAAUGUGAAGAAGCUACAAGAGGACUACCCUGCGGCUAAAUCUUCCCUGGCAAGACAGUCAGUAGAAGCCUAUCUUCAGCAGAGUCAUUUGCUUGGCACGGAGCAUGAGCACAGUCGGGAGGGGAGAACAGAGCCACGUUUGCCCGAGGAGAAAGAAUCCCAGGACAGGUCAUUCAGCCCUUUGGGAGAAGAAAGAGCUGAGAUUGACACGGAGAUCUUGGAAAAGAUUUCAAGCCCAGAUUUCCAGACAAGAUCUCUGACCUCUUCAGCUCCUGAGACAAAGAAACGUGAAUUUGCAGAUUUGGAGACGCAGACGGAAUGGAGUUACUCCUCCAUAUCUCUGGAUUUGUGUGAGCAAGUGGACUCUUCGGAGGAAGGCAUGGCUGAGAUGGUGCUGGAAGCUUACCUCAAGGCCGAAGAUCAUUACAUCACCCACCACUGCAGAUUCUGUGAAUUUUGCACGGCUGCCCUAAAGCCCUUUCCGACGCCAGAAGAACUGGAAGAGAAGCCUGAAAGAAUGGAGUCUGUUCCCUGUUGCAGGACCUACAAGGACAUUUUGCAGUCCGUGAUACAGGAUCUCAUGGAAGCGCAGUACGUGGAAGGAGGAAUCGACAUCACUCCUCAUCGCCACCUCUCGCAAAGCUUGGUGAACAGCAGGACCAAAAACCACCUCUUGGAAGAGCUUGAAGGGUAUGGGAUUGAGAACUACAAGGAAGUCUUUGAGCAAUAUAUCAUGCUUGGCCCAUGUGUCAAAAUCGGAUACAAAUUGUCCAACCACGCACCCAAACCUCGCCCCGUUCGUGUUAAGAAACGUCCAAAAGUCAAAGAAUUACUGAAAUUAGACAUGGACUUCAAGCCGGAGCAAGCAAAGAUUUGCCACCCUGUCAAUCCUGUGAAAAGAUACUACCCCGAUGGAAAGAUAUUCUACCUUCUCCUGCCAGAUGGAACUGGCCAGGUUUAUUACCCAUCGGGAAAUAUUGCUAUCCUCAUUACCUAUUUAAAGGAUGUUCAGUUCACAUACAUCGUUCUAGCGGACAGACCUAACAGCCGCCUUAUAGCGUUCUUCAGCAACCAGGGAUACGUCGGGUGUUACCACCUCAACGAAAAGCUCAGGCUCCACAUGGACCUUUGCUGGGGCCACUCCUUUGAUGACAAGGGGCUUCAACAGAAACGCUGGAACUGGUGGGACGCCACGCGCCACGUUCACGCCCCUCCGUUCCAGCCCAUCGUGAUCCCAUUCAAUGUGUAUGUCCAGGUGAAGGUCGACGCCCAGGACCAGAUUUUCCUAACGUUCACUAAGCUCCAUAACUGCAUCCGCCUGAAUGUGGGCGCCCGGCUAAAAUUGAAAGACCCUGCCAUGCUGCCCUUCCUCAUGUCGUCGGGAAUCCAGAAGCCGCCCAUCAGCCAAGCCAAGGCCCUGCAGAUCAAAAUGCUCUUAGCGAAACUGCGCAAAGGACUGAACCCGACGUGCGAUGACGCUCCACCUGAGCAGAAGGUGCACAUAGAUACCGUGGCCUUGAUGAUCAAUCGCUUACAGCGCUGGAGGCAGAAAAAGUUAUUCGAGCAAAAUAAAUGA